GAAAGCUCAAAGGGAUGAUGCCAGCUUGGCUUUUUUUUUUUUUUCUAUCACUCAGCAGCACUGAAGUCCGCCUCUGGUAGCCAGUGGUGGAGCAGUGAGAAGCUGGUUUUGUUGCUGCGUUUUUACAGGAGAAGCCUGACUGCAUUAACUCUUACAAAAACCUAGACAACUCGAACAAAAUCCAGUGAUGGAGGUCGGCUCCACAGAAGCCAGCAGCAGCUCCCAGGGAGGCACUGGCUGGCUGGAUCUUACCCUUGCCACCUGCACUGAAACGGUGACUUUCACUGAAGUGGCGGCAGAAGAGGAGUGGGGAUCAUUUUACUAUUCUUUUAAGACAGAGCAGCUGGUGACUCUUUGGAUUCUCUUUAUCGUCACAAUUUCUGGAAAUGCCAUUGUGCUCUUUUCUACCUGGAGGAGGAAGAGGAAAUCUCGAAUGACCUUCUUCAUUACACAGUUGGCAAUCACAGAUUCAUUCACAGGACUCAUAAACAUAAUGACUGACAUCAUUUGGCGCUACACUGGAGAUUUCAUGGCUCCUGAUAUCAUCUGUAGAGUCGUUCGCUACUUCCAGGUGGUCCUACUAUAUGCCUCAACUUACGUCCUUGUGUCACUAAGCAUAGACCGGUAUCAUGCCAUAGUUUACCCAAUGAAGUUCUUGCAAGGAGAAAGACAGGCGAAAGUUCUUAUUGGAGUGGCCUGGAGCCUCUCCUUCCUGUUUUCCAUACCGACUCUGAUUAUUUUUGGGAAACGGCAGCUCUCCAAUGGGGAAGUGCAGUGCUGGGCUCUGUGGCCUGAUGAUUCCUACUGGAUACCCUACAUGACAGUGGUGGCUUUCCUGGUGUACUUCAUUCCUCUGAUCCUUAUCAGUGUCAUAUAUGCAAUCGUGAUUCGAACCAUCUGGAUGAAGAGCAAAGCUCAGGCUGUCAUCAUAUCCAGCUGCCCUGGUGGCAAAACCUCUGCUGGCUACACCAGUCGUGGGUUCAUAUCCAGGGCAAAAGUGAAAGCAAUCAAGUACAGCAUCGUAAUUAUCAUUGCAUUUGUUCUCUGUUGGAGCCCUUACUUUCUUUUUGAUAUCCUGGACAACUUCAACAUACUCCCUGAGACCAAAGAGCGCUUCUACGCAUCUGUGAUUAUUCAGAACCUGCCAGCCUUGAACAGUGCCAUCAACCCCCUCAUCUACUGCUUCUUCAGCAACCGCCUCUGUCCCCCUUUCGAGGAAAGAAGGACUCGAAGGCUGGGGGGGACAUUCCGGGACAGGAGUGACGGAAGGCAGGAGAUGCAUGUCCUGUCCAAACCAGAAGACAUCUAGAACAGACGAUGCUCUGCAAAGCUACACCGGGACCUGUGCCGAGGAAAGAGGAGGUUCCCCACAAGCCCUGUGCAUCAUGAGUGGACGGAAACCAACUGACAAGAGCCUGCACCUUGCUGCUGUUGAGCAGCACAUGUAUUUUGGACCGGCACUGCAGCUUCAGCAAUCGCACGCUGCCAGUGCCAGCCUCAGUAGGAGGGAUUUGCAUGCCACUUGUGAGGGCUCAUCUUGGCCCUCUGUUUUUAAACAAGCUGUAAUAUAUAUAUACUCCAAACAGCAAAAAACAAUGUAAAUGGUGUCUAGUCAGUGUUCUUUAUUUUUCAGGAGUCACUAAAAGCUAUCUGCUGUACCGUCUGGCUCAUAUAACUGAUAAAGAGUAUUUACAAGUAAUUACAGAGCAGGGACCCUACUUAAAAUGAAAACACAGGCAUUUUUCUGAGAACAUGCUGCUGUCACUCCAUAUAAUUAUACCUGGGUUUCAUACACAACCACUUAUGAAGUCAUAGCCAGAGAAUAGGGGACUGAAGGGCUGGGUUACAGCCUCCCACCUCUCCUGGCCCCGCUUCUCAGCUCAUGCCAGCCCUCCCAGCUGCACUGUCCCUCACAGCUCAUCCUCCCCUCUUCCCACAAGGUAUUUCCCUGCUGUCCUACCUUGGUGUGUCGGUGGCAUCCCAGGGUCCCUGCAGAGCUCCCACGCAACACAUCCGGACAGUCAUGUAUUUCUGGGCUACCAUAUUAACAAAGGAUUAGCCAGCCCC